GGAGCUUGGCCAUGGAUGGUUGAAAUUUUAGAUGACAGACACCGUUGCGGUGGAGCCCUGAUUACCUCCCGACAUGUGCUAACGAGUGCUCACUGUCUAACCCACGUACCCAAGAAAUCAUUUACAGUUUUGCUCGGGAGCUAUUCAAGGAACGAAACAGAGAAAGAAGAAAGGAAGCGAAAAAUUGAAACCAUCUGUAUGUACUCUCAAUUUAUAGACGGCAAACAUGAGUAUGACAUUGCCAUCAUAACACUGGAAAAGCCAGUGAAAUGUUUAAAAACCAUUACAUCUGUUUGUCUGCCCGACAUCAAUGACAAUCCAGAUUCUGACGUUCCCACGUAUGUUGCUGGAUGGGGAUUCACUGAACCGGUCAUGUGGAAUAACCUGUCUUUGUCUGAAGAUGGAGACUGGUUUGAUGUUGAAGAAGAUUCGAUCGCAGUAAACUCCAGCUCCGAAAUAAAAUCACAAGAAGAAUCUGAAGACACAACCGAUUAUUACGAACACUACUAUGACCCUGAAGCGACACCAGGGUCCCUGGCCAAAAAUAUAAUUCCUGAUAUGCUCCAACAAGCCCGAGUUCAGUUAAUCCCAAAUGACAAAUGCGAAGGGAUGUAUAACGAGUCGUCACUUCAUUCAAACAUCCUUUGCGCUAUGCACGACUUUGGAUCUACAUGCAUGGGCGACAGUGGAGGCCCGUUGGUGUACAAGACAAAGGAUGACCGCUGGAUCUUGAUGGGACUAAUAACCGCUACCGAGAUGCCAUGCAACGUCACCCAUCUCCCGAUGUACUUCCUUAGAAUUAAGCCCUUCAUGGACAACUUUAUCCUUCCGUGUGUUCAAGAUCCUAGUAAUUGCACAUGCAAGCCAACAAAUGAUACAGAAUCCUUCACUUAUCAUUAG